AUGUCACCACCCACCACGCCGAAGAAGCAACGCGACUGUGGUUAUGUGCCUUCGUCGCCCUCUCUCAUUCCAUCACCUCGUAACACAUCGCAGUCGCCGAAGUACCAGCCUCGGGCGGAAGAUCCAGAAGAGAACCGGCUGCGCGUGCUCAACCCUGUGGAUACCAAUCAGCUCAUAAACCACACUAAGCAACACCAACACAAAGAACCUCAGAGUCACAUGACCCACUUCUACCGCGAGAACGUGCGACAGUUGUCGUACUUGCAAGAUACAUUCAUGCUGAAAAAACAGAAGUUGGAUCUUGUGCGCGAUGAGAUGGUUUCUACACGGUCCAAGGUGGAUGUUUUGGAGCAGAAGCUAGAAAGAUUGAAGGAGGAGCGGCGGUCGAAGGAGCAGCAGGUGUUACUGAAGGAGAACGAGCUCCGCAGUCUCUGCGAUGACUCCGAAACGAAGAAGAAGUUCAUGCUACAGGGCCAUGAUCUUCAAUUGCAGCAGGUACGUGCGAAGAAAGAAUCAGAACUCAAUCAGUUGGACUCGAGCUAUCGGACCAAGUGGGACAAGUUGAAAUUCAUGAAAAUACAGAAAUACGAGAUCGAAAAGAGCUCUACUCUAGAGAAGAUUUCCAAUUUGCGCAGCAACAUAAGCGAUAAUGAGGAAUCGCUCCAGAAGAUCCUACAGGAUAGCGAGUCCAAGUAUCGCGAACUUCGAGAAAUGUGGCUUCGAAACUUCCAGGACGACUGGAAGAGAACAGCUGGGGAGAAUGAGAGCAUUUCCAAAGAUAUAGACGCCUUAAACAAACGUAUUAAUGAUGAUCUAGAGCCCAAUGUUGUCAAGGAGAAGACAGCGGUGGAAGAACUGCAUGCGACCUUGAGUAAUCUACGGCAGCAACUCGAGGCUACGAAAGCCGCUGAUGUCACCCUGAUGGCAGAGACAGUUGCAUUGGCUAAUGAACUCACAAAGGUGCAGCAAACGCGCAAGGACCUUGGGGAGUAUAUUUCUAACUCUCAGAUAGAAACCAAGCAAAUCAAAGAGAUCCUAGUAAAAGAAGAAACCAUGAGAAGGAAGUUGCACAAUGAACUUCAGGAACUUCGCGGUAAUAUAAGAGUAUAUUGCCGGGUACGACCACCUUUGCUCAAUGAACCACAGGAUAUGUCACAUAUACUAAUCGAAAAGUUCAAUGAGGCGAAAGGUGCACAGUCAUUGACUAUCAACCGGAACGAAGGCCGCAUACUGUCGUACAACUUCCAGUUCGACAUGAUAUUCGAACCUAGUCAUACAAACAAAGAGAUAUUUGAAGAAAUUCGCCAGCUAGUACAAUCCUCCUUGGACGGGUACAAUGUGUGCAUCUUUGCGUAUGGCCAGACUGGAUCCGGCAAGACAUAUACAAUGUUGAAUGCAGGGGACGGUAUGAUCCCCAUGACUUUAUCACAUAUAUUCAAGUGGACUGCAAACUUGAAGGAACGUGGAUGGAAUUAUGAAAUGGAAUGUGAAUACAUUGAAAUAUACAACGAGACUAUCCUCGACUUAUUGCGUGAUUUUAAGAGUCAUGAUAAUAUCGAUGAAAUCCUGGACUCUCAGAAACAUGAUAUACGGCAUGACCAUGAGAAGCAAGGAACCUAUAUCACUAAUGUGACGAGGAUGAAGAUGACCUCUACCUCACAAGUAGAUACUAUUUUGAAGAAAGCUUCAAAAAUGAGAUCAACGGCGGCCACUCGCUCGAAUGAACGUUCUUCAAGAUCACAUAGUGUAUUCAUGGUGCACAUCAACGGGCGCAACUUGCACACUGGCGAAACAUCGCAAGGUAAGUUGAACUUGGUCGACCUAGCUGGAUCUGAGAGGAUCAACUCUUCAGCGGUAACGGGAGAACGCUUGAGAGAGACGCAAAAUAUCAAUAAAUCGCUAAGUUGUCUCGGCGACGUAAUUUAUGCGUUGAACACACCCGAUGCCGGAAAACGGUACAUUCCAUUCAGGAAUUCGAAGCUCACAUACCUUUUGCAGUAUAGCUUGGUAGGUGAUUCCAAAACGUUGAUGUUCGUUAAUAUUCCCCCAGAUCCAAACCAUAUCAGUGAAACAUUGAACUCUUUGCGUUUUGCGUCUAAAGUUAACUCCACCAAGAUAGCAAAGCGGUGA